ACGAGGAAGCCAGUGCUCUCUCUCUAUAUAUAGAGGAUAUUUUAUGCUCGAAAAAAUGCACGUCCAAAUUAAUUAUUGCUAUUUAUAUUGCUUUCUGUAUUCUCUCAAAUACCUAUAAAGAUUUCUUGCAUUUUUUAUUCCCACCGCAGCAACAGAUAUCUGAUACGCUUCGAAAGCCCAAAAAAAGAGGUUGCAACUCAGAUAUGGGAAAAACUGGUAAUUACCAUCCUAGCCACCAAGAGCACCCACUGGAGCUCAAGUCAUUUCACAAACCCUACAAAUGCGACGGCUGCAAAGAGACAGGCUUCGGAAAGAGAUACAGAUGCGACCGAUGCGACUUCGAUCUCCACGAAGAUUGCAUGUUUCUCGCCGACCAAAAAUCCCACGCUUCCUUCAGAGGUUCGACAUUCGAGUUCUUGGAACAUCCUCCGCGAAAAUGCGAACGAGACAAGUACUGCAAAGACUGCGAAAGAUAUUGCGACGCUUGUGGAAAACCCGUCAAGGGUUUCGUUUACCAUUGCGCAAAAAAUGGUCUAGAUUUGCACCCUUGUUGCAGUAAUCUCAAGCAAGUGCUUAAAAUCGAUGGCAAAGAGUUUCGGCUCGGCAAAGGCGUGAAGUCGAAAUGUUUUUGGUGCGAAAAAGUGAAAGUUAAAGGCAGUGUUUCUGGUAUAAGAGGCUGGUCUUAUGUUUCAUUGUGCAAUGAGUACCGUCUUCAUGUUUAUUGUGCUACUGAAAUGGUUUCCGAGGUUUGGAAAAGUAGAGACAAGAUUGGUAGCGGUAAUAAUAAUAAAAAUGACUGUUUGGAUUUGGAGAACUUGAAGCUUCCAAAGAGUUUGGCAAAGUUGAGAAAAAAUGGUGCAAGGGGGAAUAAGUAUUGGAGGAUUAUAAAAGCAGUUCUCAGGACAAUUGCUUGUAUCCUUAUGGGUGAACCAACCAUUACCAUGACUUGCCUUGUUGAAUUGCUCAAGUAAAAAGUGUUUAGUAGUUAAUUAUGGAUUUUCCAAUAAGUUUCUCUGUUUUAUUAUGACAGAAUCAUUGUAAAUAGGUGUGAGAGUUGUAAGAGACGUUGGAUUUUUUUUAUUUUAUUUUUUUUUGGGGCAAAACUUAUACAAGUUAUGUAAGUUUUGGAGUUUGGUAUAUUGUAUUCGAACCAAGAAAAAUAUUUUCAAAUAUCGAUAGUGGAAAAAGCUUUCUGAAGUUAUAAUCAUAAA